AUGUCCCCAGCCAUCCAGCCCACUGUCAUCGUAGUCGGUUCGGGCCUCGCAGGCCUCUCGGCAGCCUAUGCGGCCCUCCAGUCCGGUGCGCGCGUGCACCUGCUCGACCGCAGCCCCAAGCUGGGCGGGAACAGCAUCAAGGCCUCGUCCGGCAUCAAUGGGGCCGGGACACCCGCACAAGAGGCAGCAGGGGUCAAGGACACCCAAACUCAGUUUUACAACGACACGGCCCGGUCUGGCGGUGCGCGCUUCAAGACGGCCAGCACCAUCCCCGGGUUUGACCGGGAAGCGCUCGUGACGCGUCUCUCGACCGAGUCGGCCGACGCGGUCCGCUGGCUCAGCGACGAGAUUGGCGUCGACCUCAGCGUCGUCGCCCAGCUGGGCGGGCACGGCGUGGCGCGCACCCACCGCGGCAAGGGCAAGCCUCCCGGAGCAUCCAUCGUCCUCACGCUCCUGGACAGACUCAAGGCGUCGGACAACUUUACGCUCUUGUCCAGUGCAGACGUCACGUCGCUGCUGCAGCACGACGGCGCCGUCACAGGCGUGGCGUACACCCAGGACGACACGGAACACACUCUUGCGGGAAGGGUGGUCGUCGCCAGCGGCGGGUUCGCAGGCGACGCGUCCAUGCUCGCGACGUACACCCCGGCGCUGGCCGGCCUGCCCUCGACCAACGACCCGCGCCCGGGCUCACACGCGCUGCUCACCGCUGUCGGCGCCCAGCUUCUGGAUAUGGACAGCGUCCAGAUCCACCCUACGGGCUUUGUCGACCCGGCCACACCGGGCGCCCGGCUCAAGUUCCUCGCGGGCGAGAUGCUCCGCGGCGAAGGCGGCAUCCUUCUCUCUCCCUCUGGCUCGCGCUUUGUCAACGAACUCGACACACGCGCGGCAGUCUCCAAGGCCAUCAUGGACGCCUUCCCCAGCGUAGACGAGGACGGCACACGGCAGUGGGACAUCACCCUCCUCCUCGACCCAGGCGCGGCAGCCGCGGCCGCCUCCCAUAUCGGGUUCUACGAAUGGAAGGGUCUCCUGCGCAAAGUCAAGCUCGCGACCCUCAGCCCAGAGGUCGUCGCCAGCGUGCAGGCGUACGCUGCCGCCGUGGAUGCGGGCUCUACCGACCCCUUCAGCCGCCCAGCGUACGGACACUGGAAGCUGAAGCCCGACGCCGAGUCGCUCGCACAGGCUGAAGUGUACAUUGGCCGCAUCACCCCCGUGGUGCACUACACCAUGGGCGGGGCGGCGAUCGACACCGGUGGCAGAGUACUCCGCGCCGCUGGCGGCGGCGUGGUGCCCGGUCUCUGGGCCGCGGGCGAGGUGACCGGCGGCGUGCAUGGCGAUAACCGUCUGGGAGGUAACAGUCUGCUCGAGUGUGUGGUGUUUGGCCUGGCGGCAGGUAAUGGCGCGGCAAGGGGCGACUAG